CUACAAAAUUAUUAGCACACGCAUCUCCAACCAGUCAAUUAGAGCACGUACACCCCAAUGUCAGGCUACAAAGCGCCAAGGCAGGGAGUCACUGCGCAUAGAGAGGUGCCCAGCAGGAGAUCGAAGAUUAGCGAUAAGGAUCUGGCAGAAGAUUAGUCCUCGAGUCGUGUCCCAUGCCGUCCACUGCCCAUUAUUACCUCAGACUGGUAGCUGUCUCGAGCUGUUCAUACAGACAGUUCGAAAAAUCUAUUUGAUGAUACAGUUCAAGAGCGAUCCAUUCAUCCCUGACCGUUGAUAUGGUUAAUUAUGGAGUCUCGAGCGCUUGCGGAACAUGCAAAAGGCGGCGGAAAAAGUGUGAUGAACAUCGUCCUUCUUGCCAAAGAUGCAUACGAGCGCAACGUAUUUGCCUUGGCUACCAAAGCUCUUCGGAGCUUCAGUUCAGGCCAUACGGCAACAUAACAGCCACUCGACCCUACCGUCCCGCCCUGAGUGACGUUUAUGAUGUCAAAAUGGACUCGGAACUUGAGGAUCGAGCCUUGGCCACCUUCCUUGAUGACUACUGUCUUGCCUCGCAGUCAUCCGACCUCGUUGGAAGCAUUUUGGAUGAUUUUAAACCAAUCAUAGUGGCUGCAGAUUCUUCUUCUGAUCUUGCUAGAGCAGCCAACAUCACCGCAUUGGCCAGUAUGGGCAAAAAGUCAAGUAGGCCAUCUCUUGUGAACAAAGCAAGAGUGCUAUACACCCAGUUUCUGGAGUCAUUGCAAACAAGGCUUGCGCACGGAAGCAUUUCUGGUACACCAGAGUCAAUGCUAGUCAUAGUGCUCUUGGGCAUAUUCGAGAUGAUUUCCGCGACAGAAGAACAUGCUUCCAAUCAUGGUACGCACUCUCAGGGUGUAUAUGCCUUGCUGUCUACAGCAGGAGCGCCUUUAUUUACCCUAUCGUGGGCUGGUUGCUUUCGCAAGGCAUUUCAGUCUGUUCUCUACUCUGACGACUGCUUGAACCAACCUUCUGCACAUCCACUCCAAAGUCUGGACAUAUUAUUCUCAAGAUCUUCCACCGUUCUUCGAAAAAUACGGACGCUACUUUCAGCCAAGGUGGCUAUUGCAGAGGAGCUUCACACUAUCAUGCGGACAGCAAGUAACUUAGACGACGAGUUAGCUAAUUGGGCGACAACGCGGCUACACAGAUGGCAAUAUAGAACGAUUGGUAAAUUUGACCCGCUAAUGACGGAAUUCAAAGAGGGAUUUUUUUGGCUCUUCGGGCGUGUUGAUGUCUAUGCCGAUCUGUACAUCUCUACGAUUUGGAAUACGUAUCGCAAGGUUCGCCUUAUGAUCAUCGACGUCAUCUUCAGCUGCGCAUCCAAGCUGAACAUGCGAAACUCCUUCCAGCCUCAAGUUUCCACAGCACAAGACCUGGUAGAUGACAUAGCGGCCUCUCUAUGCUUCCAUCUUUGUGCCGAUGUACCAGACUUGGUGCGAAACGCAGAAAGUGGUGCUCCGUUUUGCGUGACACCAGGAAAGUCCCUAGGAGGAUUACUGCUCAUGCAUCCUCUGUUCAUAGCCUCCGGCCUCUCAAUCACCAAGGUGCAGCAGCGUCGUAAUAUGAGGGAGGCUUUGGUGUGGAUUGCUGAUCAUAUGGGGAUCGGGCAAGCUCAAUCGUUACUAAAGACUCCACAAGAAUUUCCAAACGAAACCGUCGCUGACGGCUACAUGUUGAUCUGGGUGGGAAUGCUAUAUAAACGGGAGCUUCUACAAUCCGUCUGAUGUUGACAACAAUAUGUGAUAGCGAUCUCUACCUUUACCAUCUCGGUACAAAUCCAGAACCUCAUUGAUCUUGUUGACAUUCAUGCCUUCAAUGACAUUGUAGUUCAGAGGCUUGAUAUCUCCAGCUUUCAACCAGACAGGGAAUUGUUUCCAGAAUUGUUGACCAAAUAGAGGAAUCGAAUCCGAAAAUCCCUUCAUAAACUUUUGGUCAAACUUGGCUUUCUUCUUCGCAAUCACUUCUUCGGAGACUUUCCCGUGAGUAGUGUGCACCAGAGUACCUUCCUGCUUCUCUGAAAGAAGCGACACGCUAACAUCAAGGCUUCCGUACGUGUCAUACACG